ACACGGUGUUAGUGCUGCCUCAUUGGGAGGGACCAGCGUGGUUUACCAAGGCUUCUCCUUCAGAGCCAGGUCGGUCCAAAUGCAGAAAGAACGGAAGCGCGGAAGAGGUGCCUUCGCCUUCCGUUGCUCAUUCGGGUUGACUAGGUAAUAACUGAAAGAAAGAGGGACCCUCAGGAAUGCAGAUGACGCGGAUGCUCCAGAUCGGUUUCCUGACGAUGCUGUUGUUCAUGGUCUUGAGUUUUUACUGGUUUAACCAGAUUCAAUUCCGGUGGAGAUCGGAUAAAUCGAAGCGGCGUGGUAGACUCUCACAGAGAGAGCUUUCCAACUGGGAGUCUGUCUGUGAACCUUUCUUCAAGGGGGAGAAAGUUUUUCUUUGGAAGGAGCAGUCCUCGGCAGCACCCCGGUCCUCAGACGCUGCGGAGACUGAGGACUACUGUAACAACCUGGAAGGGCUGCUUCACUAUUCCCAGAUCCCGCUGACGGCCGAGGAGAUCAACUUCCCCCUGGCUUUUGUCAUGACCGUGCACAAAGAGUUCGAGACCUUCGAGAGCCUCUUCAAGGCAAUCUACCGACCUCACAAUCUCUACUGUAUCCACGUGGAUGAGAAGUCCCCCGCACAGUUCCAGUUAAAUCUGCAGCGCUUACAGAGCUGUUUCAGCAAUGUCUUCCUCGCCACCAGAAUGGAGCCCAUUAUCUACGGAGGGAUGUCCCGGUUGGAAGCGGAUAUUAGGUGCCUGACGGAUCUCCAGCGUCUCAGGACUAACUGGAAGUACGUGCUCAACCUCUGUGGUCAAGACUAUCCUCUCAAAACCAACCUGGAGAUCAUUCGACAUCUCAAAGCAUUUAAAGGCAGGAACAUCACCCCUGGCGUUUUGCCUCCAAACCACGCCAAAGUCCGCACGAAGUUUGUAUACAAGCAGGUGUUGUCAGCUAGUCAGUCCUAUGUAGUCAGAACCAAAAAGCAGAAAUCCCCACCUCCGCACAACAUCACUAUUUACUUUGGGUCUGCCUAUUAUGCUUUAACAGCCGAAUUCGUCGAAUUUCUUUUAAAGGACAAACGAGCUUUGGAUUUAUUAGACUGGUCUAAAGAUACUUACAGUCCUGAUGAACACUUCUGGGUAACACUAAAUAGAAUACCAGGUGUACCUGGUUCAAUGCCAUCUGCAGGCUGGCAAGGAAAUUUGCGUGCCGUAAAAUGGAGUGAUCAAAAGAGCCAUGAUGGUUGCCAUGGUCAUUAUAUCAGAAACAUUUGUAUCUAUGGAAUUGGGGAUUUGAAGUGGCUGGAUAAAAUGAACUGCUUGUUUGCCAAUAAAUUCGAACUCCAUUCUUAUCCACCAACCGUACAAUGCCUAGAAUACCGGAUCCUCAAACAAGCUUGGAAUCAGAGCACCAUUACUCCACAGUCAGCCUCCUGAAAGUGACUUCAAAUGAAUUCUAAACAUCACGGGACAUGAAAACAAGAACAUAAACUGUCGAAUAAUCUGGGAUGUACUUGAUAUUUUACAAUUUAAAAAAAAGAAUGUGGUUUUGUUUGUUUUAUUUCAUGUAAUUUUCUUUUGACAGCAUGGAAAUGUUGAAUAUACCCUUUUUUAAAAAAAAAAGACACCCUGUAGGCACAAUUUUCAAAAGUGUGAGAAUGUUCCCUACCAUCUGCUCGUUUUUGGCGAGGAUAAUUUAAUUCGCUCACAGUCCAAGGUUUAGAAGGAUAGGGUCCAAGAAGUAACUAGUUAACAUUUGCUUAACAGGGAACUUGAGCAAAUAAAGUUUAUAUACUGUAAGAUAUAAAUCAUUCGUGCACAAGCUGCACUUGCACUUUCCAUGAAUCGCUGCUCAAUAACUGUAAGAAAACAUUGAGAUCUUUGUUCAUGACAUUUUUAUUUCGAAGUCACCUACUGUUAUUUUGGAAUAAGAAGAUCAUUUAUGAGGCUCUGAAACUGACAUAUAAGCAUUGACGGAUUGCAGUGCUUCUUGGAAUGAAGCUUGUGAUAUGCUCAGGUUUGAUUUCCUGUAGUGAAACUUGUACCAAAAGUGGGAUUUCUUGUCAAGUCCCCCUCUAAUACUUAUAUAAAAUUUGAUUUUUGUGAACUGAAGUAUUGUAACAAAAUGAAAGUCUCUGAAACUACUGGCAAAUGUUCUACAAAUAAAGUUGUCUACCUUACCUAUUGUAAAUCUAGACAUUUUAAAAACUGAUUUGCUUGAAGUGAUCCUUUAAAAAGGACUGUGUUUCCAAGAAUUUCAUUGUCACAUUCUAGAAGAAUUCUCAAAGGUGGAUGAAGGCAGAGAUCAAUGAAGCCUAAAAUACACAUUUAAUCUCAAGGUCGUAACAAAGGCACAAUGUUGUGGAUGUUGGAAAUCUGAAACAAACAAAAUACUGGAGAAUCUCAGUAAGUUUGGCAGCAUCUGUCGAGAGAAAGAAACAAGGUCCAAAAUCACAUGACUACAGGUUAUAGUCCAACAGAUUUAUUCAAAAACGCAAACUUUUUCAGAGCCUCACUCCUGCUUCGAGUGUUAGGAGUGAGGCUGUGAAAGCUUGUGUUUUCAAAUAAACCUGUUGGACUAUAAUCUGGUGUCAUAUGAUUUCUGACCAUGUCUACCCAGUCCAACACCAACACCUCCACACCGAGAGAAACAGUUAAGGUUUUUUUUUAAUCUGGUGUGACUCCUCUUCAGAAUUGCUCUGAAGAGUCAUACCAGACUCUAAGUGUAUUCUUCCUGAAGCAUUCUCCAGCCCUCCCCUUCAAGGUGCUGACUUAACUGCAGUGUAAUCUAUCAUUAUUGAAUUAAAGCCAUAUUUUUUGUUAGUUUUAUUAAAUUAUUAUGCUACAAUCAUUUUCAGUGGCUACAUUAAUAAAUAAUUCUUAAGUGUAAAAUGAAUAUAGUUUCUUGAUGAUGCAGUGUAGGGACCACUGAAAUGAGCAUCAUAGCACUCAGUAUAGUGUAUUAUUAAAUGCAAUAGGCUGAUAAAAUGAGCAAUGACUUUUUUUCCUCUUACAAGUUUGUGAUGCUCUAAGGUUGCAAA